GACCUUGAUAAAAAUUGUAAAACUUACAAUUAAAACAUAUACGUACAUUUACUUAAUAUUGCAAUCUCAACCAGAGAUACCCAUGAAAGAGACGCAUAAAAUAGUAUUAAAGGAAAGUCUUACUUUUGUACUUCUAUAUAUAGCAUCCAAAUUAUACCCAUUUCUUCAUUCAAGCAAAAAUACUGGAAAGGAAUUCUUAAUUCUUCUUCCUCGCUACCUUUCUAGCAAUCAUCCCAAAAAAUCAAAAUAAAAAAUGGGUUCAUUAGAUGCUAACAAUGUUGUUUUGGGAAGAACUACCAUGCAUAGAUUGAUAGCUGAGGAAGGACCCAUUUUAAUGCCGGGUAUCCAAGAUGCUUUUUCUGCCGCCAUUUGUGCUAAAACUGGUUUCAAAGCUUGCUUUGUUUCUGGAUUUGGUGUUUCUGCUGCUCUUCUUGGCUUGCCUGAUUUUGGUUUGCUCACAACCGCAGAAGUAGUUGGUGUUGUCCGCAGAAUUACAGCAGCAGCUCCUGGUUUGUGUGUGGUUGUUGACGGAGACACCGGUGGUGGUGGUCCUCUUAAUGUGCAAAGGUUCAUCAAAGACUUGAUUGCAGCUGGUGCCAAGGGUGUUUUCCUUGAGGAUCAAGUAUGGCCAAAGAAGUGUGGUCACAUGCGUGGUAAGGCGGUUGUUCCUGCUGAGGAGCACGCCCUUAAGAUCGCUGCAGCAAGGGAAGCCAUUGGUGAAUCCGAUUUCUUCUUGGUUGCAAGGACUGAUGCUCGUGCACCUCACGGUCUUCAAGAAGCUAUUAGACGUGCUAAUCUUUACAGAGAGUCCGGAGCUGAUGCCACAUUCGUCGAGGCACCAGCCAACAUCGAUGAGCUAAAAGAAGUUGUAAAUGGCACUAAAGGUUUGAGAAUCGCCAACAUGAUUGAAGGUGGAAAGACUCCGUUACAUACACCAGCCGAGUUUAAGGAAAUGGGUUUCCACUUGAUCGCACAUUCGCUCUCGACAAUCUAUGCUACGACCAAGGCGUUGGUCGAUAUCAUGAAGGUAUUGAAGGAGAAGGGUACUACUAGGGAUGAUUUGGACAAGAUUGUUACUUUCUCCGAAUUUAACGACAUGAUUAGCUUGGAAUCUUGGUAUGAGCUUGAAAAUAAGUUCAAGAACUUCACCCCAAAAACUGCUUAAUUGUCUCAACAAAGAACAUGUGAUUCAAUUUUGCCAGAAUAUGGAGUUAAGAGUUUAAGAGUUCUAUAUAAGUUUGUAUUGUUGUGCUUGUUUGAAUAUUUGUACUUAUAAGAUCCAUUUGAGAUAUGUUUUCGGUGUUGUCUAGUUUGUGGGUGAGGUUUAGAUGCCUCAUGUAACCUGUUUCUUUUAGUUGAAAUAAAAUCUUUUGUUCUUCUA